AUGAUCCACGGAGGCAGAGAGCCAGGAGGACGGGGAAACCACUGCAGAGAGAUAGCAGUGCAGUGGAAAGUGACCCUCACCUCUAGAUGGGGCUGUUCAGGCAGGGAGGGCAUCACAUAUAGUAGGGUCCUGGCUGGACUGCUGCACCUUGGAAAUAUCCAGUUUUCGGACUCUGAGGAUGAAGCCCAGCCCUGCCAACUGUUGGACAAUGCCAAGUGCGCUGUCAGGACAGCAGCUUUACUGCUGCAGCUCCCAGAAGACAUGCUGCUGGAGACAUUGCACAUUAGAACCAUCAGGGCGGGCAGGCAACAGCAGGUGUUCCGGAAGCCCUGCUCCCGAGCUGAAUGUGACACCCGCAGAGACUGUCUGGCCAAACUGGUCUAUGCAUGGGUGUUUGACUGGCUGGUUUCGGUGAUCAACAGCAGCAUCUGUGCAGAACCUGACUCAUGGACCACUUUCAUAGGCUUGCUGGAUGUGUAUGGAUUUGAGUCAUUUCCUGACAACAGUCUGGAACAGUUGUGCAUCAACUACGCCAAUGAAAAGCUGCAACAGCACUUUGUGGCUCACUACCUACGGGCCCAGCAGGAGGAAUACACAGUUGAGGGUCUGGAGUGGUCAUUUGUCAACUACCAGGACAACCAGACCUGUUUGGAUCUCAUCGAGGGGAGCCCCAUCAGCAUCUGCUCCCUCAUAAAUGAGGAAUGCCGCCUCAAUCGGCCAAGCAGUGCAGCCCAACUCCAAAUGCGCAUUGAAAGUGCCCUGGCAGACAGUCCCUGCUUGGGCCACAAUAAGCUCAGUCGGGAGCCCAGCUUCAUCGUGGUACAUUACGCAGGGCCUGUGCGUUACCAUACAGCAGGCCUGGUGGAGAAGAACAAGGACCCUGUCCCUCCUGAGCUGAAACUGGACGAUGUGGAAGACAAACACUUCUCUCAUGCUCCGCAUUCCCUGAGCUCAUCCCCACCACAGACCAGGCUCCUGAGGGCAAUAAUCCACCUCUGGCCCCUGGGCCUGGUCCUGGCCAAUGCAGCUGUGGGUGUACGUGGCUUUCAGAGGAAACUAGUGGUCUGGGCCUGCCUCCAGCUUGCCAGGGGCAGCCCCAGUAGCAACACUGUCCAGACAGCACAGCAAGACCAGGCUGGUGUCAAGUCCAUCCGAGCCUUGCCUCAGGGAUCAGUAAAGUUUCACUGCAGAAAGUCUCCACUGCGCUAUGCUGACAUCUGCCCUGAACCUUCGCCCUACAGUGUUACUGGCUUUAAUCAGAUUCUGCUGGAAAGACAGAGACCAGUCCACGUGUGACCUUGCCCUCUACCCUCACCUGGCUAGGUGAUCCUUGGUGCCUUUGUUUCCACAAGGUCUCUUCCUGCCAGCUGCUUUGCCAAAGACACACAGCUGCCAAAUCCCUCCCACAGCCUACUCUAAGCGCAUGUGGAGUGAAAGCGACUGAUGGCUCCAGCCUGCGAGCAAGGGCCAUGUGGCCACAUCAAACACUGAUGGCAUCAGAGCUGGCAGUUACCAAUCCAGGGCCCUUAGAACUUCACAUUCCACUAGCUGCAUAGAUCAAACUCAGCGGUUGACAUGACUGUCCAUCCUAGGGUACUGUCACUAUAAUUCACAUAAGCACUUUUGGAGGAAGAUACACAAAAUCAGCCUAAAAUUGGUUCAAAUUUGGGCUGGGUAAGAUUUUGUGUUUUGAUCCUUAAACAGGAAUAAAACUCAGUAUUUAAUAAGUUGUUGACUUAUUUAAUGUAAUUUUUAACAUUGUGAACAAUGCAAUGUACAAAAGAACCAUCACAUCUUGAUUUUUUUAGUAACACUGAUGAAGUUUUUAACUCAAUAUCAAGUGAAAAACUUGGUAUCAUUUACAUUUAUCAAUGUACCAAAAAUAAAACGUUUAAAAACAA